GGCAUAAAGAAUUUAUGUAACGACAUACGUAAGUUGAUUUUGAAGGACAAAAAUUAAAAACUAGCCCAUUCAAAGACCAGCCCAUUUGAAGGCCAAGCCGUGCAAUUUCUUUCUCGGCACCAGUCUCUACCUUGGUCUGCGAACUUGCUCCGGCACUACACUUGUUCUGAGAUUUUUGCUAGUGCAAGUUAACAAACGUCUGAUCAGUGAAAUGGUCAGUAUUUCCAGCUGGCGUUCGGAUCUAGUUACAGGUGUCUUAUGCCCCAAAAUUGAUGGAGUCUAUCCAAGAUUACCAUCCCGUACUGUGAGUUACAGGAGGAGCACACUCAAAAGUCAUGAUUGCGUUCACCCCAUGUUUAGAAAGGUGCCUGGUAGAAGCAUUACACAUUUAUCUCUAGCUGGUCAUGCUGUCAAAUGUGCUUCAUUUGUAGACAGAAACUAUCAAUCUAGUGUCAAUGACGACGAGGAACCAUUUUUGAUAAAUUCUAUGAAGCAAGCUAUCUGGACUGCAAAAUCUAUACUACUAUUCUUGGCUGAGCAGCCAACUCAGCUGAAGUACAUAGAAUGGCCUGGAUUUCAAAGCACGGAAAUGCUCCUGUACAUUUCGUGGUCCAUUUUCACAACCACUACAAACACCACAAUUAAGGGCCAUGAGAUGGCUAAGGGUGGGGCCAAGUGGACAAGGCAACCAUGGAGUGCAAUGGCGUGCGAGCAUGCACGGGGACAUGCCUGAGCUGAAGACUGCAACGCUGGCGCUUAUUCUAGUUGGGUUGUUUAUCAUUGCUUUAUCGUCGGUUGAUUCUGCCUUGUCUUAUAUGUUGGCUAUAUUUUUGCGGAGAACAGCAUGAUUCAAGAAAUAAGACUGAUUUUCUGGCUUCAGGCGAAGUCAACUCGGUGCUCCAUGUAUUUUUUGCUUCUGGCAUAAGGCUAUGCCCGUCAAUACAAGAUUGGCGAAACUCGACCAGCAUGAGACCUGCAGCUUUUGAGUAGCUGCUGAGUGCUGAAUGUCACCACAGAGAUGCCCUCUGGAACUACUGCUGUGUGGUGUGACGAGUGUGUAAAAUUAUGUUUAUUUGCGUUGAUACAGUGGAUGUUGAUUACUCAUUGACACACUUUCUUAAUUUGAUGAUAGACAUGUUGAACA